ACUUCCGGAUUCGCGGACAAGGAAAAUAACUGGUGAAUCUUUUACAGAAUGCCGCUAGUGAUGACAGAAACAUGGCGGCUUGCAGCUAAACUGGAACCCGGGAGAGUCUGGUGACAAACGGAGCGCAGCUAGAGGUGACGGGACUGGAACAGUGGAGGCAGCAGUCAAAAAGCCUUUACAUGAGUGGCAUCAAAGGUUAUGCCUCAUGGAUCCAAAUGAGAAGAUCCAGGAUGGUUUUCAUCCAUGUCUAGGACUCUCCACACGCCAAGCUCUGUCCCGCUUACAAGAACAACUGAUAUCUGCACUAAAUGAUCAUCAGCAGAACAAGGCAUUGCUUUGGAGGGACUGGACACAGACCUUCCUCUAUCAUGGUAACCGCUCCUCUUGCUUUCAUUGGUCUGGUGCUGCACUGAUGUUGGCUGCAAUGCUACUGCUCCUAUGUUGUUAUGGAAGCCAGCCAGAUGGGAGUCAGAGGUCGGAGGUGGUUAACGCAUGCGCUUUGUUGCUGUUGAUUCUUCUCGACUUGUUUUUAAUGAGACGACAUGAGCAGCUGAAGGAAAGAGAAGUGGAAGGGAGAUUGCAGAGAAUCAUAACUCAGAUUGAUGAUUUGCUGAAUAGUAAACAGGAGCUAAUAUGGAAGGAUAAUGUGUAUCCUGACCUGUACAUGCCAUCAGCCCCAUCGUGGUCUCUUCACUGGGUUUAUAGAGAUGGACGACUAGUUAACCUCCCAGUUAGUCUGCUUGUGGAUGGAGAUGUCAUUGCUCUGAGGCCAGGGCAGGAGUCAUUUGCAUCUCUCCGAGGCAUGAAGGAUGAUGAACAUAUAGUCCUGGAACCAGGAGAUCUUUUUCCUCCUUUCUCUCCACCACCAUCCCCUCAAGCUGAGGGCAAAGGAGUACCACAAUACCCUCAGCAGCAUCAUCUGUUUCGUGUCUUAAAAACCCCUGUGAUGGAUAUUGUCAGGAGCUGGCUGGACCACGCUCUUUCACGCCCUGUAACAGCUCUAGACAAUGAAAGAUACACCGUUCAGUCUGUGAUUCUUGUACAUGCUGUCCCUAUCAUUAUGGCUUCUUUCCUCAUCACCAAUGCCCUGCGUUUCACCUUCCAUGCUCCUGGCAUACCGCCUGCUUCCUAUGCUUUGCUGCAACUUCAGGUGAAUGCUUUACUGCCAGUUCUUCCUCUUCUAUUCCCUGUUAUGUGGAUUUUGGUGACAGCACUUUGUGAAGCUCGUGUACUGGCACAAAUGAGCAGAAACUACCCAACUUCCCUGGUGGCUAAGUUCUCUGAGGAUACUCUUAGCAGUUAUACAGAAGUUGCAUCAACACAGGAAAUGCUGCGUUCUGUGUGUUCUCAGUUCCUGAGUGUUGUUAGGGGGGACUGUGAGACUUUGGCAUAUACUUCUCGUUUGUUGCAUGGUCUGGGAUCGGUCACGGUAAUUUGUUGUGUGGAUAAACAAGGAGUCCUUUCCUGGCCAAAUCCUAGCCCAGAGACGGUUCUGUUUUUUAGUGGAAGGGUAGAUCAGGCCACUGAAAGAAAUGAUGACAUCACUGAGCAGUUAUCCCUACGUUCUUACUGCCAGACUGAUAUGGAUGAUGAGCCUCAAGAGAUGGUAGCACUAUUAGCAGAGACUAAUAACUUACAGAUAGUGAAUGAGCAGGAUAGUAUUGAGCGUCAAAAUGAUCACACAAGGCCAUUUGAUACACAGAGAAAGCCUCGGAACAAACAUGCAUCAGGGUCUAAUGUGAGCUUCAGCCAAGACACAGGUGGUCAGUUAAGUAGCGAGGUGGACGAUUAUGUCUGUGACUGUCACCUAGAAAUGCUUCGACUGUCACAAGAUCAACAAAACCCUCAGAGUAUCCAAUUUGAUGAGUCUAACUGGCAACUGCAUCUGAGCUCCUUAAAACCCCUAGGACUUAAUGUGUUGCUGAACCUCUGUAAUCCAGGAGUAACCAACACACUUUGCCGCUUUUCUGAUCAUCUUCGUCAUAUUGCUCUUCAAGAAACGCACAGCUCUGUGCUUCCUGGACACAUUCCUUGGGGACUUUGUGACUUUUCAAGACUUAUAGGUUUUACCCCAGGAGCCAAAGACCUGUUCAAGCUGCAAAAUCAUGUUGCUCUUUAUCACCUCCCAAAUGAGGAGCCUGUGAAGGAGACUUUGCUUUCCAAGCUUCCAACUGGUGUCAAACGCAAACCACCCCUUAGUCACAUGAUCAGCAUGUUUGUCAGAGAUGUUACUACUAACACAGAGCAAAUGCUGUCCCAUGGAACAGCUGACAUUAUCCUUGAAGCCUGUACAGAUUUUUGGGACGGAGCUGAUAUUUUCCCCCUUUCUGGGUCUGACAGGAAAAAGGUGCUGGAUUUCUAUCAGAGAGCUUGCUUGUCUGGCUUCUGCUCUGCCUUUUCUUACAAACCAAUGCACUACUCAUUGUCGCCUCAGCUACAUGGCAAGUGCAUAGAAAUACAGCAUGGUCUUGCCCACAGCACAGUUUCAGCCCCGUGUGAUGUUGGUGGGAAUACUUCUAUGAAGCACGCUGGCCGACAUGACAGCUGGAGUUCUGAUGAAGGUAUUGGGGAGGUGACAGAGGAUUUUACUCAAGCGAUGAGUGGUCAGAUCUUUAUGGGGAUGGUUUCCUCACAGUAUCAGGCUCGUCUGGACACUGUCCGUCUAAUAGAUGGCUUAGGGAAUGCCUGCAUCCGCUUUGUAUAUUUCUCUAUGGAGGAUGAGCUGAAAAGCAAGGUUUUUGCUGAGAAAAUGGGUCUUGAGACUGGAUGGAACUGCCACAUUUCUUUAACUCCAAAUGGUGAUGGACCAGGGUCUGAAAUUCCCCCAUCCAGCCCUAGUCAUGCCGGUUCUUUGCGAGAUGAUCUCCAUCAGGUGUCUCGGGAAGAUGCAGAAGGACUACUUCUUAUGGAAGAGGAGGGGCACUCUGAUAUGAUUAGUUUCCAACCUACUGACAGUGAUGUUCCCAGCUUUUUUGAAGAUUCCAACCGUGCAAAGCUCCCUCGUGGUAUCCAUCAAGUUAGACCUCAUCUACAAAACAUUGAUAAUGUUCCCCUGCUAGUCCCACUCUUUACUGACUGCACCCCAGAAACUAUGUGUGAAAUGAUCCAAAUUAUGCAGGAGUAUGGGGAAGUAACGUGUUGUAUGGGUAGCUCUGCAAGUAUCAGGAACAGUGGCUUGUUUUUACAAAGUGAUAUCAGUAUUUCUCUGGAUCCAUUGUUCCCUUCUCGCUGUUCCUGGGAAAUGUUUGGAUAUAUGAGCGGCUCUUUUAGGGUAAACACAUUAGAGGAGUUGUCUCCUUUGCACCUCUCAGCUGCACUUAACAGCCUGCCUUGUUCUAUAUCCUUCAGGCAAGAGGAGAGUAUCAGCAUUAUCCGUCUCAUUGAACAGGCUCGACAUGCAACAUAUGGUAUUAGGAAAUGCUUUCUUUUCCUCCUACAGUGUCAGCUGACACUUGUGAUUGUGCAGUUCCUGGCUUGUCUAAUCCAGCUACCUCCUUGCCUCAGUACUACAGAUAUUUUAUGGCUGUCUUGUUUUUGUUUUCCAUUACUUAGUGUUUCUCUCCUUGGAAAGCCAGCUGACAAUUCAAUAAUGACUGUAGCAACUGGAAAAAACCUUCACUCUAUACCUAAAAAGACCCAGCACUAUUUCCUGCUGUGUUUCCUGUUGAAGUUCCUCCCUUCUUCCCUCUGCUGUCUGGCCUGCUUCUGGUUUUCUCUGCAGACCUUCUGUGAAUUAUCCUCCCAUAGCAACAUUACAAACUGUUCCGGGAUUGCUGAAUACAGCAACUCUCCUGGAGCGCCUGAUUGGUUUGGCUCCCUUUCUGGGGCACUUCUCUUAACUCAGAAAUUGUGUGCUUGUCUCAUUGUUUUGCAUACAGUUUUUAUCUCUGUCAGUCAUGUCCAUCGAUCAAAGCCACUGUGGAAGAGAAACCCCUUUAGUAACAUUUGGUGGAGUUUGACUCUUCCUGUGUUGUUACUGGCACAGGGUUUUCAGACAGCCCUAGACCUGCACUUCUGGGCAAACACUGAUGCAUCUCUCACUUUUAACAUAUGGGACAUCCCCCUGUUGGCAUGGUUGCUGGGGCCACUCUCGCUUGUUCUUGUUCUUAUCAACAAUGAGAUUGUCAAAUUGCACGAGAUCAGGGUUCGUGUACGUUAUCAAAAGCGACAGAAGCUUCAAUUUGAAACCAAGCUUGGCAUGAACUCUCCAUUUUAAUUGCACUGCUCUUCACUGUGUACUUUGGGGGCUGCAUUGUUCCAACAGCAUUUAACAAGGGGGAGGUGCCCAUCUGGAAUAACUUAAGGAACUCAAAUUUAUUUUAUUCGCUAUCCUGUCCUGGGUGCUGCCAGGAAAAAGAAAAACCUUAACUUAACCUUCUGUCACUCCCCCAGUGCAGCUGGAAUCUCUCCCACUUCCUACGGCCCUGUUUUCUGUCGGCACAUCACACUGCGCUGUGCUAAUUGCCGGUGCAGUGAUGUCCCACCUAGGCCAGUGAUGGGGAUUGUAUUGUUCCCACACCCAAAAAUUUUAUUUUGCUAUUCUGCCUUGGUUGCAGCUAGGAAAAAGUAAACCUUCCACCGCUUUUCCAAUUCAGCUGGAAUAGCUCCCCCCGUCCUCCGGCCCCAUUCUUCUUUGGGGUUUUUGUGCCCGGGCCCGGCCUUCUUCCUGGUGCCGGGGCAUGAUACAUUACACUGUCUAUCACUGGCCUGUAAUUAGCGCAACACAGGGUGAUGUGUUGGGCACCAAAAGUCGGAAGAAGACGGGAGAGUAGGGCUGGGCGGUAUGGCCAAAUAUGUGUAUUGCAGUAUUUUUGUAACUUAUGACGGUUACACGGUAUAUAACGGUAUUCCCCAGCCCCCCAAAAUUAAUUAUUAGCCCAGCACUGCACUGUCCCCAUCGGGUUACUACUCACAUGUCACCCGCAAGCGCUGCCUCUUGGUCCUCCUGUUUGUUGCGGCCGCCGGUGCUGACACACUCUAUACUGUGCGGUAUCCCAAUACCCGGGCUGCAAAAGGCAAACAAAAUGAAUUCACGCAUGUUCCAACGUCGGCCUUACGCUGGGGACGGGAACGUCGGACA